AUGUCAAUCAAUAUGGCCGCUUCAGGUGUACUAGAAGAUUUCGCCCGACAUGUCUACUCCACCUUCAAGGGAGUAAUCAAUUUUCAACUCAAGAUCCCAUAUAGAAGAGACGAGAUAAGGGAUGGAAUCAUUACAUUAGCCGACUUGGUAGCUCCAAAAAUACACGUUGAGCUUGACAAGAUGGGCUACUAUUCGAUAACAAUUGAUGCGGCAUCACACGGAAGCCGGCAUGGCUUUUUUGUGAUGGCUAGCAAUCCAGCAAAAAUGAAGAACCAUAUCUUCAUUGAUACUAUGAUCGCUGAUGGUUGGAAUGCCAGGGAUUACAAUAAUUUCCUUUCUGCAAUUGUUGCCGAUGGAUGCCCCGCCCAAGUUAAAGGGCUGUGCCACUGGAGGAGAUGCGGAGCACUAUAUCCGGGUCUUCAAACCGUUUAUAUCCGAUGUGUUGCGCAUCUCCUCAACUUAGUGGUGAAGCAUACGGCAGACAAUUGUGCAGCUUUCGCAAUGCAAAUUAAUUAUUGCAAAGCGAUAAGCAAGGAGUUAUCGAAGCCGGACACGAGAAGGGCAUUGAAUAUGAGGGUUAUUCAUGUUCCGGAUCAUCGCUGGAUGUUUUUCUGGGAUCUUCUGAAGUGGAUAAAAGAAAAACACCCUAAAAUUUAUGAAUUGUUCAAUAUGGAUGAUCCACCGGAAUCUGUUCAGAUCUUAAGGGAUAUGGAAAUUGAUUUCAAGGAUGGACUUCCACAAUGGUUGUUAAAUUUCGAAGAGAUUCUUUUACCAAUCAAGAAACUCUUGAAUUAUGCAGAGAGUGACGUUGGCUGCUUCUGCUACAUCUAUCCAAUGUUUCAAUCGACGAUUGAGCAGUUGACCGGAAUUGCAAAUCGUCCUGAAUUAUCAAGUUCGUCAAAGCGCAUUGCAGAUGCAUUAAUCGCCAACAUGAAUGAAGUUUUUGACAAACAGGGCAACUACGCUUUGAUGAAAUUUGCCUUUGGUCUAACUCCAUGGGGCCGGUCAGUCAUCCGCGCAGAAUUGAACAUGCAUACUGAGUACAAGCCAGACGUUUCACUCUUCUUCCAAGAACCAAUACCUAUCAAUGCUGAACUUGAAAUCCCUCCAAGGAGCUACACCCCUGAUCAUUUGGAUGAAGUGGCAGAGGAUCAAUUGG